GGUGGCUGCCGGGAAAGCGAUGGCGGUGACAACGGAAUCUGCUCAGCACUGUGCCCCUGAGCAAUGGCCCGGAGGUGAGCCCAGAGCUGGCCCUGAGCUGGCCCUGAGGUGGCCCUGAGAAGAAGUGGAAGGCAGAGGUGGUGCUGAGGCAGGAGAGCCCCGUGCUGGGGAAGAGGCUGAUCUGGGAGUGCCCAGCAGGGAGAAGGUGCUGUGUCCAUGCCCUGUGUGCCAGGUCCCCCAGAACCCUGAAGUUGGGAGAUGUGGGAGCCUUGGAUUCCUAGGACCUCCAGCAGCCUGGAGACGGCAGGGACCCUGUAGAGGGGAGACCGCAAAUACACAUGAAUAAUCCCAGCAACCCGAACAGAGGGGAUCUCCAGAAUCGCACAGUGGAGAGACCAGAGAGGAGGAGCUGCUGGCUGGGGUUUUCGGGGCUAAAUAGUGAUGUUUUGGAGGUUUUUAUGGUCCCAGGAUGCCCGCAGGAUUUGUCCUUCCCAAAGCUUGGGUGGAUGGAGGAGGAGGCUGCAAGGAAGAGGAAAGGACCACAGACCCCCCAGGCAGGCCCCGAGCUGAGGACGGAGAGCACGGAGGACAAAUCCCCCCGGCAGAGCCUGGUGGGAGAGGCCGUUUUGAAGGGCUCCCCGACGCAGGAAGGCAGCGGGGAGGAAAAGGCCCGGAGAUGCCCCCGGAGGAGGGGCUGCAAAGCCAGCCCAGGGUGCUCUGAGGAGGAAAGACCCGUCCUGUGCCGGGAAGGCGGCCGGAGCUUGAACCGGAGCUCCGAGCUGGUGGUCCCUGAGCAGCCUCCCAGCAGGGAGAAGCCCUUCAGGUGCUUGGAAUGUGGGAAGAGCUUCAGGCUGAGCACCAACCUCCUCAAGCACCAGCACAUCCACACUGGGGAACGGCCCUACACAUGUAGGGAAUGUGGGAAGAGCUUCAGGGACAGCUCCAACCUGAUCCGACACCAGCUCAUCCACACUGGGGAACAACCCUACAAGUGCUUGGAAUGUGGGAAGAGCUUCAGCCAGAGCUCCCACCUCGUCAGGCACCAGCACAUCCACACUGUAGAAUGGCCCUACAUGUGUAGGGAAUGUGGGAAGAGCUUCAGGGACAACUCCAACCUGCUCCAACACCAGCUCAUCCACACUGGGGAACGGCCCUACUGGUGUGGGGAAUGUGGGAAGAGGUUUCGGACCAGCUCCAAUCUCCUCAUGCAUGAGCGAACACACACAGGGGAGAGGCCCUUUCGCUGCACUGACUGCGGGAAGGGCUUCAACCGGAAGGACCACCUCAUCACUCACUGGCGCAUCCACACUGGGGAGAGGCCCUACAAGUGUGGGGAGUGUGGGAAGAGCUUCUCCCACAGCUCUACCUUGACCUAUCACCAACAGACCCACCAGUAAGGGAAGCCCUGGAGUGCCCUGACUGCUGUAAGAGCUUUGGCUGCUGCUCCCACCCCAGAUGACCCCCCUGAUGGUGAGGCAACCCCUGGAGUCCAGUGACUGUCAGUCCAUCCCUUUCUACCAGAAAGGACCAGGCCCCUUUGCCAGGGGCAGGUUGUGCCAACAGAACCUUUCUUGGGGGGGGUGUGUGGAGAUUCCUGCCUUGGCUGGGGACACCCCAAGGUCACUGCUGGAGUUUGAGAGCAGAGAUCUCCCCCCGAGUGUUGGUCUGGGGGAGUUCCAUCCCUCUCUAAUUCAUAAUUCUUGCUUUGGUGCCAGCUUGAGUAGAAUUGCUUCAACAAUUGCUUUAGUGUAGAGCACUGUCCGAUGUUAUGCUGUCCUACUGGUAGUUUUAGUGGUUCUAUUGUGCAGUAAAUAAUUCUGAUGAAGAUCUUUUGUCUGAUCAUUUGUAACCCUAAAUAAUUGAUUUCUAUCAAUAGAUCUGAUUUGUCAUCAUUAAAGCCCUGAGGAACAAAA